UCCGCCCUGUCUCCCCUCCUCCACGUGACCGAGGGGGUGCGCGAGUUCCCGGUGGUGGCCGCGCGCUCCGCAGCUCUGCAGCCCUCGUGCCCCUCACGAUGGCGGGCAUCCUGUUCGAGGAUAUUUUUGACGUGAAAGACAUUGACCCAGAAGGCAAGAAAUUUGACCGAGUAUCUCGGCUGCACUGUGAGAGUGAAUCUUUCAAGAUGGACCUCAUCCUAGACGUAAACAUUCAGAUUUACCCCGUAGACUUAGGUGACAAGUUCCGAUUGGUCAUAGCCAGCACUUUGUAUGAAGAUGGUACCUUGGAUGAUGGUGAAUACAAUCCCACAGAUGACAGGCCUUCCAGGGCUGACCAGUUUGAGUAUGUAAUGUAUGGGAAAGUGUACAGAAUUGAGGGGGAUGAGACCUCAACGGAAGCAGCCACGCGCCUCUCUGCAUAUGUGUCCUACGGGGGCCUGCUCAUGCGGCUUCAGGGUGAUGCCAACAAUCUGCACGGAUUUGAGGUGGAUUCCAGAGUCUACCUGCUGAUGAAGAAGCUGGCGUUCUGAACCUCGUGGGAAACCUGAGCUGAAGCUGGCGGUGUUCGCCUGUGAAGGGGACUGGGCUGGGUGUCCACUGUGGGUACAUCUUCAGUGUGUCUGAAUUCAACGGAAAACUGACGUGUCUGUGGAAGACCACCUGGGAGAGCUUAGCAUGAAUCUGAAGUUGUGUGUGAUUUUUUUUAUUUUUAAAUUAAAGUUUACUUUUUCA